UAGCCUCGGGAAAGGGGCGGAGGCCUGGAAGUGCACCACGUGGGACCGCAGGGCUGCUGAAUCUCCGGUCGGCGUCGGGUUUGGGUCUAGAUUGGAGUUGGGACCUUGGAGAUGCGGAAGGAAACCCCACCUCCGUUGGUGCCCUCGGCGGCCCGCGAGUGGAACCUCCCCGCUAAUGCGCCCGCCUGUAUGGAGCGGCAGUUGGAGGCUGCGCGGUACCGGUCCGAUGGGGCACUCCUGCUCGGGGCCUCCAGCCUGAGUGGCCGCUGCUGGGCUGGCUCCCUCUGGCUUUUCAAGGACCCUUGUUCCGCCCCCAACGAAGGCUUCUGCUCCGCCGGAGUCCAGACGGAGGCUGGAGUGGCUGACCUCACUUGGGUCGGGGACAAAGGUAUCCUCGUGGCUUCCGAUUCGGGUGCUGUUGAAUUGUGGGAGCUGGAUGAGAAUGAGACACUCAUUGUCAGCAAGUUCUGCAAGUAUGAGCAUGAUGACAUUGUGUCUACAGUCAGCGUCCUGAGCUCUGGCACACAAGCUGUCAGCGGUAGUAAAGACUUCUGCAUCAAGGUUUGGGACCUUGUUCAGCAGACGGUACUGAACUCAUACCGAGCUCACUCUGGGCAGGUCACCUGUGUUGCUGCCUCUCCCCACAAGGACUCCAUGUUUCUGUCGUGUAGUGAGGACAGUAGGAUUUUACUCUGGGAUACUCGCUGUCCCAAGCCAGCAUCACAGAUGGGCUGCAAUGCCUCUGGCUACCUUCCUACCUCACUGGCUUGGCAUCCGCAGCAAAGUGAAGCCUUCGUCUUUGGUGAUGAGAAUGGGACUGUCUCCCUUGUGGACACCAAGAGCGCAAGUUAUGCCCUCAGCUCAGCUGUGCAUACCCAGUGUGUCACUGGGCUGGUGUUCUCCCCACACAGUGUUCCCUUCCUGGCCUCUAUCAGUGAAGACUGCUCGCUGGCUGUGCUGGACUCGGGCCUUUCCGAGGUGUUUAGAAGCCGAGCCCACAGAGACUUUGUGAGAGAUGCUACUUGGUCCCUACUCAAUUACUCCCUCCUGACUACGGUGGGCUGGGAUCAUCAAGUCAUCCACCACACUGUGCCCUUAGAACUUGUCCCAGCCCCUGGGCCUAACAGUGUUGCCGAGUAGGUUGGAUUUAAGACCAAAAGCAAAUCCUGUAUGAUUAUCCACUCCCUUUGUGCCUGCCCCCUCAGCUUGUGAGACAACAUAGAGCCUCACACAGUGUAUUGAUCACUAGAUCUGUGCAGUUAACAGGCAUCGUCUCUCAGUCUGGGGAGGCUGGAUUCUGGGGUCCUAUAGUCAUAGGAAGGAAGAACUUUCUUGAAAAUGGAUAUGUUUGUGUGUCUGAGUGUGUGUGUAGAUGUAUAAUUAUUUUUAUGGGUAGUGGGUAAAAAUAAACCCAUCCCACAUCUUCCCCAAGUAUACCCCCCCCAAAAAAAAGUUGACAGAAGAGUUAUUCUUCCCACGUAGCUGUGCCUGAGGAAUUGGCCACAUCUGAGUAGUAUAUGGGAUGUGGGCAUCCCUGGAUUCUUGGAAGCAGCUCUUAUAUUACUCAUGAGGCAGGAGCUCAUUUAUUUUUAUAGAGUUUAAUUCCCCUGUACCAUGGGAAAUACUUCCAUUCAGUAAAACCAGCCCAGCUCACCUGAGGUCGAGCCAGGACGUUGUUGUCACAGUUGCGCACAUCUCCUUGCCAUCAAACAGAACUGGAAAUCCACUUUUUGGCUGAACAAAAAGUAUGGCUGGUGCCUGUGGAAUCAAUGGAGUUGCAUAUACGAGCGAUAAGUGUUUUUCUGUCAUAGGUGAGAUGCUGUAGAAAAAAGUGUGGGGGUGAUGGAGAGGUUAAGGGCAUUUCAAUAAGAUUGAAAACUGACAAUUGCAGAGAAAUCUCUGCCCUCUUUGCUGCAAAAAAAAACCAGCAUGAGUCCAGAACUCCCACCUCUGGGCCUCUUUCUAUGUGGAUCAGGAAGUUUGAAUACUGAAUUUGUGGACUCUGAAGGCUUUGACAUCCGAUAUCAGGGAGAGAAUCAGAAAUACUGGUUGAUCAAAUAAAAAGUUUAGGCUUUGUUGGCCUUUUCUUUUUUGAAGCAUGUGUGUUCUCUCUGCAAUUAGAUUUAUGUGGGUCACCAGAGUAUUAAUUUAUAGCCCAUUUUUAAAUUCUUCUCCCCCGACCACUACCCCCAAGUGGCUAGUUGCACUUGAAGUAACCAUUUAGAAUUCAUGGAUUGAUUACUAAUUGCAUUGAAAUGAAAUGCAAUCAAUUAUGUAUUUUUCAGUUUUGUAGAUUUAUUUAAGCUAAAAUCACAUUAUGAAACAGGCAAUUUGAAGGAAUUUGGGGAAAAUGUAUCUAAGCUUCCAUGCCACACUGUUGCCAGGCAUAAACUCUUUGUUCUCACCAUUACCUUGGAGUAAAAGCAGGGGAAUUUGUAGUCAUAGGAUCUACCAGGGGUGGGGUGGAAAUAGUUUUCCACUGUUUUUAACUAACUACUUGUAAGGGAACAGGAUGGGUAAGUAGAAUCCAGGGCUUUGAACUGGUUUGUUCCUGUUUGAACCCCUGCUGAAAUUUGCAUUUCUGCCCCCAGAUAUCCUGAAUCAGAAUCUACAUUUUAACAAGAUCCCCAAGUGAUUCUUAUGUAUAAUAAAUGUUGAGAAUCACUGCUCUGCUGGUGGUUCUCAGAAUUGGUCCCGAACCAGGAGCCUUAGCAUCCUCUGGGAACUUGUUAUAAAUGCAAAUUCUCAGCAGGGGUUCAAACCUUAACAAACUGCAAAGCCUUGCUCAGAGGUAAAACCUUAAGUUUUGUGGUCAAUUAGAGAAAGUAAGGAGGGGGUGGGGUGAGUAGGAAUUAAAUUUGCAUAGCUCUUUUCCCUGUGGACUUAAAGAGUGGUGGAGAGAGGACCUGUGUGUAAGAGAUAAGAAUACAAGGAAGUGUUCAUGUGUCCAGGUGGUUGGUUGAAGUGAUGACAGAAGAAAAGCAUAUACUUUGAAGAACUGCAUUAUCUUUUACCCUAGAAAAUGUUAGUUUGAAUUCAGAUGGAUAUGUGCUAACAUCACAGUCACGGUAGGAAUGACCAUCACUUUGGGAUGAAUGUGUGUGUGUUCCGGUUAACAAGAUCGCUGUGGCGGGGACCUCAGUCAGAAGUGUAAUCCAUAAGGGGUGUGUACUAGGUCCUUGACUCAAGUGAGAGUAGUUAACCAGUAGCGUUAGCACGGAAUGGACUUACUGAUGACAGGUGGACGUGGGCUUGUUUUAUUUUUAUUUGUUUGAAACCAUACAAACAUUUAUUUUGCAUUUAAUGUCACUGGUUCAAGUGUCUUAAACGCUGGAGUAAAUGCAUUUCCCUAUUUUUAGUGUUCUUAUUUUGAAGUUCUUUAACCUAACCCACUACAUUCCACUCCUGAUCUCUGGUCCUCCAGGGCCUAGGAGGCUCAUCUCUUGGCUAGUGCUUGGAAACUCAAAAAGUACAGAAGGCCUAAAGUACAGUUUCAGGUGCAUCAGACAGUGCACUGAUUCCCCAGGUAUCUCCUAUCCCCCAGGACAGUGAGGGCUUGGCUCUUUGUUAAUAGGUACGAAUUGCUACUGGUUCACAAUCGCAUUACAAUAGUACACACACACAAGCUCUUGAACUGCUCUGGGGCUCCAGCUGUGUUUCCUCUGGACAGCAUGUGAGAAACGGCUAAAGGUGGGGAGAGGGUCCCUGGUAUUAUUUUUUCUUCUUCUUGAACCAGGUCCCAUUUCAGAGGGCUCCAGAACUGUUUUGCCACAUCUAGACCUGAAAGUAAAGGGUUCUGAUUUUUAAAAGACAGCUUCUUGUUGCAUUUGUACAGAAUGAGUAGUGUAUCUUUUGUAUUUGUAUUUCUCGAAAUGUAGCUACUUGACAUCACGACUUUCUGUAUACAAACUAAGAAAAAAUAAUUAAGUUAUUGUACAAAUAACAGAUUUCCAAAAUAUACUCACAUUAGUUUUUCUAUAAGAUACAAAGAUUCUGUGCAUUCUGGGAAAUGGGAGGGCACCUCAGCAGGGCCAGCAUUUGUGGGAGAAGCUGAGAAUUUGCUUCCAAUCAGUGAGUUUCUUAUUGCCAGUUUGUGGGUUACACUGACCACAUGUUGGAAUCACUUCUGCAGGAAAUUGAUUUUGUUCGGAAAAAGGGUAAUCAAACUCUAAUCUCAAUUUUGAGCUAAUUAAAAUUUCCCCAGAUUUUCUUCAGCUGCCUAUGUAAGACCAAAGAAGAAUUGAUGCAUUUGAAUUAAGGUGUUAGUGAAGAAUAUUGAAUAUACCACGGACUGCCAGAACAAACAAAUCUGUCUUGGAAGAAGUACAGCCAGAAUGCUCCUUAGAAGUGAGGAUAGUGAGAUUCCAUCUCACUUAACUUUGGACAUGUUAUCAGGAGGGACCUGUCCCUGAAGAAGGACACCAUGCUUGGCAAAGCAGAGGAUCAGCAAAAGAGGAAGACCCUCAACAAGAUGGAUUGACACAGUGGCUGCAACAAUGGACUCAAACAUAGCAAUGAUUGUGCGGAUGGCACAGGACUGGGUAGUGUUUCGUUCUGUUGUACACAAGGGUUACCAUGAGUGAGAACUGACUCGGCAGCACCUACAGGGUUACCAUGAGUCAGAACUGACUUGACGGCACCUAACAACAGCAAGCUCUUUAUAUGCUUUCUCUCUCAUUUAAUUCAUGAUUUACUUAGAAAUUAAAAAAAAAAACAAAAAACAU